AUGUGGAGUAAAUUGACCUCUCAUAUUGGAUUAUGGUUAGCGCAUGUAGACCGUGACCAUGAUGAUACUCGAAAAACACAACUUCGAGAGAGUUGUUCAUUAUCGGUCCUCAAUCAUCGACAUUUGUCAAUUGUAAAGAAUUCGAGAAGUUCUGAUAAUUUACAUCGUGUUGUGUUACAUGUUACACCACCUACAUCUCGAAAAUUUACAAUAUUUUUCAAUCUCAGAAAAUCAAGAAAACGUGAAAAGUAUAAUAAAAAAGAUAGUCGAACAAGUGAUAAUGAUACUGAUAAGGGAAAAUUUUGUGGUAGCGCUUUUAGCGCCUAUAAAAAGCAUCCUGAUAAAGAACAAUCAAAGAAUAAUAACAAUUCAUCACAACCACCAAUUUCAUCCACUCUGAGAAAUAAUGAUAUGGCACAAUCAUGGCAAUUGUCUAAUUUAAGUUCAUCAAGAAGUUUAUUCAACUUAUUUCGAACGACACGAUCGCGUUCGGGUACUAAUAAUUGCAUUGUUUCCGCUUGUCCAGAUCCUUGUUGUUCAUCAUCCACUUCUGAUCCUCGAUCCACGUUAAGCUCAAUGGAAGAAAAGCGUAGUUCAUCGGUUAUUCGUCGCCGAAGGCCUCGAUCAGCACAUUUGGAUCCGAAUACUUUAGUUUUUCCGCCUAGGGAAGUGCCGGUACAGGAUAUCAGCGAAUUAUAUAGGCGAAUUGAGAAAUUAGGUGAAGGUAGCUAUGCUGUCGUUUACAAAUGCGAAAGCAAAAGUGAUGGCAGUAUUGUUGCUCUGAAAGAAAUUAAAAUUCAUAAUCAAGAAGGAUUACCAUUCACCGCUAUACGAGAAGCAUCAUUACUGCGUGCUUUACGACAUUCCAAUAUUGUAACAUUACAUGAUAUUGUGCACGAACAGAAUUCAUUGGUUUUUGUUUUCGAAUAUAUGAAAACAGAUUUGAGUAAAUAUCUGGAACUGCAUAGUACUGGAUUAGAACAGAUGCAAGUUCGAUUAUUCUUAUUUCAAUUACUUCGUGGUCUUGCAUUUUGUCAUGCUAAGAAAAUUUUGCAUCGAGAUCUAAAACCGCAAAAUCUGUUAUUAAAUAGUAAUGGUGAGUUGAAAUUGGCUGACUUUGGCCUAGCUCGUGCAAAAUCAGUGCCAAGUCGAACCUAUUCACAUGAAGUAGUAACAUUAUGGUAUCGACCACCGGAUGUGUUGCUUGGUUCAACGGACUAUUCGACAUCUCUUGAUUUGUGGGGUGUUGGAUGUAUAUUUGCUGAAAUGUGUACAGGUGUAGCUCUUUUUCCGGGAACAACAGAUAUUGGCGAUCAAUUGAAUCGAAUAUUUAGUAUUAGAGGUAUUCCUGAUCCGAAAAAAUGGCCCGAAGUACUUAAGCUACCGCAUUAUUCACCCAGCUUUUAUCCACCAUAUCGGGAAUUAUCGUGGAGUGAGAUACACAAAUCUUUAGUAAGAUUGAAAAAUGGCCAAUCACUAUUAUCACAUUUUCUACAGUUGAAUCCAACGGAUCGUAUAUCAGCAAACGGAGCGAUGAUGCAUCCAUACUUCGGAUGUUUUCCAUCCAGUAUCCAUUUAUUGCCGCCCACAACUUCCAUUUAUUCUUUGCCAGAGAUGCGAUCCCUUCAUUAUUCGACUCUUACAUUAUAA